AUGACUGAGCAGCAGCAGCGAUAUCAUAUUCAUGGGCUGGAUGUCAGUGAAAACUUCUUCAUGGUAAUCAUAGGAUCAGGGCCCCUCACCACUAUCCUUAAAAUACCUAAGAGAAAGGCUGAAGAAGAUGCUAUAGGAGGUAAGACCAAGGUUCAGCACGAACCACAGAGGAGACAAUUAUCUGCCUACCCGGACCCUCAGGAGUGUGAACCCCAAAAGGCACCAGCAAACCAUGGAGAGAAUUUACCCAAAAGGGAAAAGGGAAAGGCUAAUAUUACAGAAAAUGGAGAUGCCAAAACAGAUCAGACAAGGAAAGCUGAAGGUACUAGAGAUGCCAAAUAA